AUGUCUUUACCUUUUGGUAAGUUUCCUUUUAAGCACUUGGGGGUGCCUUUGAACUCUAAAAGUUUAGCAGUCAUAGAUUGUGAAAAGUUGAUGGAUAAAAUGACUUGUAGAAUCAGAGGUUGGCAAGGGAAACAAUCGUCAUAUGCUGCUCGCUUACAACUUGUGAAUUUUUUUUUGAUGAGUAUCACCAUCUAUUGGUGUCAGAUUUUUGUUCUUCCGAAAAAAGUGAUUAAAGUUGUGAAUGCUCUUUGUAGAGCCUUCUUAUGGAAGUAUAAUGAUAAGGAUAUGAAGCCUGUGUAUACUAAGGGUGGUCGUUGGAUGAUCUUUAAUCCUCCUCCCAUUUCAAGUUGGGUCAAUCGAAAAUUGUGCAAAGUUAAAGAUCAUAUGAACACUUGGGUCAACUCUGCUACCUAUAACAUUAAAACAGUCUAUAAAGAGUUGAUUGGGUCUUCUGCUCAUGUUAGCUGGAGUAAGCUUGUUUGGCAUCGUAUCUCUCUUCCGAAAGCAAGCUUUAUCUUUUGGAUGACAAUGCUUAAUAAGUUGAAAAUAAAGGAUCAUUUGAUGAGAAGUGGCGUGACUCCUGAUGACUGCUGCCCUCUUUGCUGUAUGGCUUGUGAGUCUAUUGCUCAUUUGUUUUUUAGCUGCAGUUUUAGUUGUCAAUGA